AUGGCGAGUACCAACGGCUUCGGCAACAACCGUCUUGCGACUGGCUUCAAGGCACCAUCCACGCUCGUGCCUGAGCCGAACCAUGAAAGCCUCACGGCCGUCUCACGCGCCUCCCUUAGUCCUGGGGGCUCAAUUGACGAUGCCAUCGAGCUCUCCAGCGACGACGCGUCCUCCGAGGACGGUGGUAUGGUCAUUAACAUUGACGAUACCUCGUCCGUUGACCGUCCCUCAGAAACCAACCUCGAUGGAAACAAGGACAAGAUGUCCGGGGUGAAGAAAGACACUGCUACGUCAGAUAGCAAAGACGAAGACAUAUCGGCACCACAAGACACUAUUGAUCGGGACGUUGAGAUGCAACUUCAUACUGAAAAUCAGCGGCACAUUGAUGCUAGUCUGAAUGGUGCCCAUGAUUCUGCUUCUACCAAAGCUGACACGGUCUUACGAUUGAGAGACUUGUCGGAGGAUCGAAUCGCUGCUCAGUUGAAGUAUGCAUUCUUCGACACCAGCAGAGAAGAUGUGAAUCUUGACCUGCCAGUGAUCUGCCUCACCUGCUUGACACCCGGACAUACCGAGCAAACCUGUCCCGAGCACGUGUGCACGCAUUGCUCAGCGACUGACAAACAUCCUAGCCGCCUAUGCCCGAAAGUCUCUCGAUGUUCUCGUUGCCGCGAGCAAGGUCAUGAUGCAGAGUCAUGUACAGGGAUGAAGAUCACGACAGUGCCCUGCGACCUGUGCGGUGGCUUAAAUCAUACCGAAUCAUCAUGUUCCCGCAGAUUCUUCUCAUCGGGCGCAGUCGGCGAGGCAAAAGCUGUCAGUUUAUGGAUCUCUUGCUGCAAAUGUGCAAGCAAGAUGCACCUAGUCGGUGACUGCCCCGAUGCGAACAAGACGACUACGAUCCGGUGGUCGUUGAAGCCUUUUGCGUCUGCGCAGAUCACUAACCUCAGCCUUGAAAGCCACACUAAGCAGAUGGAACAUGAAGCGAUGAAUCGAGGGAUGCGACCAGAAGGCUUGAAAAUCAAAGGACGUGCGGGUAUCCAUACGGCGGGCGUGCCUGAUAUAGGACCGCAACCUGAACAGGACAGCGAUCAGCCAUUCUUUGGCCCUCGAGUUAGAAACCAACCCAAGGCCGAAUUUACCUUCCGACAUCCACAUCAUCCACCUGAUCCACCGCCCUCCCAACCCCAGAAUGCACACUUUGAUCGCUAUAAUCCUCCUACGGCAAGCCAUGCUCAAUCUAGCCGUCAACCCAAUAAUUGGUAUGCCACGGACUCCUUUGGUCAGCCUCGGUCGAGAUCUCCGCUACGAUCAGGUCGCCGGGGCGAUGAAAACAUCAGACGACGUUCACGCUCGCCACGAGGAUAUGACGGUCAACGAGGUGAUCGCAGACGCUCGCCUCCUGCUCCUCGAGAUGGAUCACGUUCAACAGACCAUCAAGUAUCUUAUGGGCCUGGUGAUUUUCGCCCAGGUCCUCCCAUCGACCCGCCUCGGCAAGGAAUUUCUAUUCAGUUACCUCUUAGACGCGGCUCGAGCAACAACGAUAACGAGAACAAGCCUCUUGCCCCGAACAAGGUUCAGACAGGCCCCAAAUCUGACGCUGCACCCAGCCGUUCAGCCUCUGCAGGCUCCAAGAAGAAGUCCAAGAAGGGCAAGGCAAAUGCUAAAAAAUCAAAAGCUGAAGCAAACUCUGCGUAUCACGACCUUGUCUAUCUCCAUGCAACCACGACAGAUCAGAUCGGGAAGCCGACGAAGUCAAGAUGCGCCUAUCCUAUACCGGGCCAUAUGAUCUUAGUCAAGUAUCUUAAGUGGAUAUCUGCGCGGCGAGAUCAUUCUGGAGAUCCUCCAAUGGUUCUGGAAUAUGACAGAGAUGGUAAACCUUUGUUCGUUGAUACAUCGGCCCCGGGUCUAAUACGAGAGCCAAAUCAAAGAGAUCUGGAAUCAGUGUGGCUCUGGGCUUUUGAAUACUUCUCAGGACCGUACUUUGAAUCCAAGAGAGAUAAAGAGUACCAUGUUGCGAAACAGGAAUACCGCAACGUCGUCGACAACAAUCAUGCGCUCUUUUGGGCUAUGCUUGAUCUAAGCGCGAGGUUGAGAGCGGUCGUUGAGAAGAAGGAUAGUCCCGAGCCCUUGAGGGCAGUUUCCCUGCGAAACGGUCGAAUCGUGCCUAUGGACGGUUAA